AUGAUAUUUCAUAUAUCAUUAGCUAAUUUAAUUGUCUAUCAUGAAGAAUUUAUCGGUAAAGAUAAUCAACAAUUACGUUUAUUAUUAGUUCAAUUAGAACAAAACAUUUAUAAUCAUGAAAAUCAAAAGUUAGCUAGUGUCAAUUUUCUUCAUACAUCACCAGAAAAUCCAUUAUUUUUAACAUCAAAUUAUAAUGAAAUUGAAAAUAAAGCUCAUGUUCAUUUUAGUAAAUUUGUUAUAUUACAAAUAGAAGCACUUUUAUCAAUAUUAAGAUUUCAAGAUACAUUAAUGAAACAAUUACUACAAGAUAUACUAGAAAAUCAAGCAAAAAAGAAACAAAAAGAACAAACAAAUGCUAAAGAUAAUAAAAAUAUUGAUAUAAAACUGGAAAAUUUGUCCAGAAAAAAAGCAUCUCCACUUAAGAUUGAUGCUGAUUUAGAAGAAUUUCGAAUAAUACUUGCAUCAAAACAAGCAAAAUUAUUUUAUAUACAAAUUAUUUCUCAACAAGACGAUAAUAAAGAAUUACUUCAUGUUGAUUUAUUUUUAUUUAAUUGUCCUAAAGGAUAUCAAAAACCUAUUAAUGUUUUUGAUUGUGAUAUUAAAGUUCAAUUUGCUAAAGCAAAUUUUGUUUUUCUUUUUAAAUAUAUUCAUACAAUUUUGAGUUUUCUUGAUUCAUUAAAUAUAACUAAACCAGCACUUAAUAUAGUAUUAACACAAGUUGAUGUUGCUUAUGAACAAGAACAAGCAUUUAAAGUUCAUCUUAAUAUAACAUUUAAUAUAAUUAUUCCAACAAAUUCAUAUUCUGAUCAAGUACUUUUCUUGAUUUAG